GCCGGGAGUCAGUUUCAAUUCUCGUCCGUACGGAAAUUCAUCCAGUGCACACAGCACACGAGCACCCCGUCAUCAUCGUGGUCGUCGCGGUCGUGGUUCGCCUGUCGGCGGCAUCUUCGUUGUCGUGGUCGUCUGUUCUCCGUAUCGGUCGCUGCAGCGGUGGAACGGUUUGACAAGUUUUCCCGAACCUUCCGUACGCGCGGCUUGGCACUUCCAGAUAAUAAAUCAAGUGAAGUGUGCAAAAACCAAGCAAAGUGUAUGAGCUCCAUUUUGGUAGUAAAAGAAAAUCGCCCUACUCAACCAAGUGUGUGUGUGUGUGUGUGUGUGUCUUUGCCGUCUGUAAAUGUGUGUUUAUUGUGCAAGUGUAAAUCCCACUGGUUGAGUGGUACCAUGUAGAUUUUUUUGUUUCCCGGGUGCGAAAUAAAAUAAAAUCAAAACAUCAUCAUACCGCCGUGUCCCUUUUCUCUACCAUCCGGCAUUGGUGUGAGCGUGUGUGCGUGUGAUCUCAGUGUGUAUGUGUGAACGGGUUUUUUUUAAACCUUCCUAUCCGGUGGAUUGUGAUUGUUGGGCCGAAAAAAGGUCCAGCGAAAUAGCAUGGCAGCAAUUUUGGAUGCGAAUGGUUGGUGGUCGUGAGCGUGAGCGGAUCGGUUUGUGCAGUGUGCUUCGCACGCACACCCACAACCCACCCCAAAAGUGAGCUAUAAACGUCUACAAGCAACAGCGCGCAUAGGAUACAGCCCGAACCGACCGUGGGCCGUGGGGUCUGCAGCGUCACGUUUGUGUCCCCAUUCACGAAACUCGCACAUUCCGGAGGCGACGUUUGGAGCUACCCUUUUCGCUGGGAAAGUGGUACGGUGUUUGCGUUACGAAGGUUUUGUUCCGGUAGUGUGCCACAGUGUGCGUGUGUGUGUAGUAUCUGCCCGUUGCUGCAGCGUGAAAAACAAAGCCCGAAGAAAAAAAGAGGAUACUCAGCACUCACACGUGCUGACCCGGUUGACCCUCUUCUAUUGGGUCGCAAACGUAUGUGAACAUUCGCUGGCGCAAGGCACAAAAACACCGUCGACAAUUCAACGCAACAACGCACAGCACCCGCCAAACCCGCCCGUAGGCAGCAGCAGGUUCCCGUCCCGUCGACGACGCCUUCGGAAUAAACAAAGUCAUCAAAAUUUAAGGUACGACGCCCGUCAUCCCCUCACCCCUCCAGCACUUGCUCCCCGGAGGACAGCAUCGAGUAUUGCAAUUUAAUUAGACCACUUGAUCGGCGCUGGCAUGCCGUUUGCGACGGACGUGACAAACCGGCACCCAAUGUCAAUGGCGUUCGUCGUGCAUCGCCGUGGUCUCGGGAGGGUGCGGUCCCAUUGAAUCUACACGCGUUGAGGUACACGCGGAACCAGCUUGGCGGUUCUUCACGCGGCAGCAACAUCGCAGCACAGCACGGCGGAGCGGCGGAAGGGUUGAGUGACCGUUUUAUGAAAUGUGUUCCAGGUCUGGUGCGACCAUGUUCGUGCCUCGUUACCGGGCUGGCGUUAUUAAAUGCUGUAAAAGUGUAAGCUAACGUUCGUGCGUUCGUGGGAAUGUGUAGUGUGGCAAUGAGGCGGCGUGAGCAUAACCAUUAGCGGACGGUGAAGGAGAAGAAGAAGCAAAAAAGAAAAGCAAAGAAAAGCCGUACUUCAGAAGCAGCAAAUUAAUUUUCUCGCCUGAAUAACGAUAACUUUUUCCAAUAUCCAGUGUAACGGGCGAUGCAGUGUAACACUGGCAGUGCGGAUUUGCUUUCCCGUGUGCGCAGCGGGCAGCGCCGAGCAUGGUCUGGCUUGGGGUGGAAAAUAUCUGCUUAAGAUUUAUACGCCAGCGAACCGAACGGUUAAAAUGCAUUAACACUACGGCGAGUUCACGGUGGAAAACUAUUUGAGAGAAGGAAAAAAAGUAAUAACGGGGUUCUUUCUUGUGUAUGUGUGUGUGUGCCGCAGGACAACGGAAGCAACGUGCGCGUCUCCGGGUACGUGUGAAGUAUUAAUUUCUCGCUGAGAAAAAGUCAUCACGAACACGGUGCACGUCGCAUAAAGUGAGAUAAAUUGAAUGGCUGCUUUGGCGCAGACCACGCGCUCCGAGUGGCAGUGGGGAUGACGUAGUGUUGGGUUGGUUUGUGCGUUUUGUGCACCGCAGGCAGGUCGCGUGUGCCACCGUCGAAUGUGUCGUGGAACUCGCGGUUAAACGUUCAAGCGUGGUGGAGUAGUAGAAGCAACCAAAAGUGAUCGAUGCCCCGGCGCACGGUUGAAGACACGGUCGAGUGAAAAAGUGGUAGGGAAAAAUUAAAAAAAAAUAGUGUAAGAAAAAGGUUCAUUCAAAUAGAAAGCAAAUCGUGCGAAAGCGGUGAAUCAUGAUGCUGGAGCUUAAAUUGAUUCUUCUCUGCCUGCCAUCGAUCCUUCUAGCGACAACGCUGGAUUCAGACAACAAAUCCAUUCUGGCCAACACGGACUGGAAAAAGCUGUGGCUAGAGUCGGGGCAGCUGAGCUCGAGCGGCCGGAUAGACAAUCACCUCGACAGCAGCGACUCCACGCUCAUAGACGAUGGCGAGGUGAUGGCGCACAACACAACCGUCCAGCUCGGUGGAGUCGCGUUCCUGGUGUGCAAAGUGGCCGGCGUGGACAGAGUGGGUGUAAAUUGGAAUCAAAUUUCAUGGAUCAGACGGCGGGAUUGGCACAUCCUGUCGUCCGGCGCCCAGAUGUACACGAACGACGAACGGUUCGCGAUUCUGCACACGCCCGGCUCCAACACGUGGACGCUACAGAUCAAGUUUGUGCAGCGCCGAGAUCACGGUACCUACGAGUGUCAAGUUUCGACGCCGACCGGGAUCAUUUCGCAUUUCGUGAACCUGCAAGUGGUCGUCCCGGAAGCGUUCAUACUCGGUUCCGGCGAGCUGCACGUGGACAUGGGAUCAACAAUCAAUUUAGUUUGCAUAAUUGAGAAGAGCCCACAGCCACCGCAGUACGUGUACUGGCAGCGCAACGAUCGGAUGAUCAACUACGACGACUCGAGGCGGGACAUCACCAUCGAAACAACGCCCGGGCCACGGACGCAGAGCCGCCUCAUCAUCCGGGAGCCGCAAAUCAACGACUCGGGCAACUACACCUGCUCGGCCAGCAACACCGAACCGGCCAGCAUAUACGUGUUCGUGUCCAAAGGCGACAACACGGCAGCAAUCUCGCGCCGAAAAACGAGCGGUGCCGCCGCCACGUCACAGCUGUCCGCCAUCCUGUUCGAGUGUUUGUUCUUUCCCAGCGUGAUACUAUCGUAUCUGCUCAAGUCGAGCUAUGCCUAAUGGAGCAAGCGAAAAGCAUACGAAGGAACGAACGGAACGGGAAGCGAAGGUGUUCAGGUGAGGGCCACUAGUCGCCCAUAGCGCAAUACAGGUUGAUUGAUCCCGGGGACGCACGGACGGGCGGCGAUCUAGACGAACGAUUAACAAAAAGGCAAAAUUAUGUUUCACUUCAACAGUUCAACCGAUACAGCUACUUCCAAGAAGUGUGAGACAAAAGUUUUCUUUAAGUUGAGAGCGGGAAAAAGAGCGGUGAAAAAUCGACGCAUAAAAAAAGUUUAUCUCGAAAGAAAACAAUCUUCCGACUCAGUGGGAAGACGAGUGAACUCUUUGUAAAUAGGUAGUGAUCCCACUUUCUACUCAUUUGUUUCCACCUUGGUUAAGCGCUCACCCUUCAUCAUCAUUGCGCUCUAUCUCACCUUCCUCCUUACAGCUGGUGGACCAGAAUCGAAUUACCCGGGAGUGCCGCUUUCCUCUCUGCUCCGUGCAAAAGUGCAAAAGUGCAGAAGGCGGAAGAAGGAAACCAUUAAAUAAAUUAACUCGCUGCAUACGAAAACAAGCAAUAUGAGGCGGAAUGCAUUCACACUAACAAACAAGCGAAGAGUGAAGUUGAAAAAAAAGGGAGCACAAACAAUCUACACUGCCGCCCAUGUGUGCACCGUUGUGCAGCGUUGCAUUGGGAAGGAAAACUUUCCGCUCACAUACGCACACACGCGCACACACGUUGGAAUGACCUCGCCCCGAACCUGUGUCACACACCGCCGUGCGCGAGAUGGUCACGUGUAAAUAAAUCGAGAGCUUAAAAAUUAAAGGCAAAACGAAAGCCUCAUCCACUUCACUUCCCACUGGUUCGUGCAACAAACUGGUGCGCUAAAGGGUUGGACAAAGGGACAAACACCCAACCCGAUCAAGGGUCAAAUGCUGGCCACAAAGGGUUUAACCCCGCACGGUACCGGAGAGACGGGGCAGGGAGGAAUCGCGCUCGCGUGCGGUGCGUGCAUGCAUUGUUAAAACGCAAUACUGCUGCUGCUGCUGCUGCUGCUACUAUUGCCGAACAUGAAUUAAUCAAACAUGACUUGUGCCACCGGAAUCGAUGGUGCAUGAUCCGUUGUUCCUGGAACGGGUGGAAGAAAUGUUGCUGCAAGCAAACCCGAUUGCAAAUGAAUGCUUGGGAUGGCCCGGGGAGCAGCAGGAUACACAGCGGGAGCAGACAUGAUCCUUUUAUGAUCCGCUGAAACUCCUCGCUGAACCCAAAAGCACCGCCGGGGAAUGGGUGGCUGGGAAAUUGGGACAAAAGUGUAAAAACAACCAUUUGAAUAAUGAACGCACGGGUUAAACUGAGUGAACAACAAAGAAUGCACCACAUGCCGGGCGCACGCGGGUUGCAAAUUAACCCGAAAUGGUAAAUUGAACCAAACAGAGAGAGACAGAGAGAGAGAGAGAGAGAGAGAGAGAGAGAGAGAGAGAGAAAGAGUGGAAAAACAUUCAGCAAGGAAGGAAAUCAAAACCAAAAUUGAACCGAAAUCGUUUGUAGCGAUGUUCGGAAUUUGUAAAUACACAAAAACGACCCCUUCUCCUACUGCACCCUUGCUGUGUUCUCGCUGUGUGUGUGUGUGUGUGUUCCACAUCGAUAGACAAAUCAACACAAAAGUGCAUUAAAAAUGCAUCAUCGAGAAAAAAAGCAUUCGUUUGGGGGAAAAAAACCCCGACUCUCAAUAAGCCAAACAAAUGGAUGCGCCAGAUAAUGAAGAGAGAAAAAACCCUUCCCUGUUUGCGUUUGCCUAUCAACGCACCUUCUGAAGCGUUCCGAUAACGCAUACAAUGCAGCCGGACCCAUUCCUGUGGAAUGCAAACACACUUUCCACCGUGGAAAAAUGGCAUUCACUCAGCCAACCUGCAAGAUGCGGAAAGAAAACGGACCACGGGGGUUUUUGGUUUUAUGUUUUUGCCCGGCCCGAUAAACUUGCGAUCGAGUGAAUGAUCGUGAAUGUUUCAAUAAUUGGCAUUGGCGAGUGAAUGCUGUUUUUGUUCUCUUUCUUUUGCAUUUCACAAACAUAGUGUACCUCGUCCCUCAGCUCCCAACCACAAUCGCAGGCACAGGUGCUACACGGGGGGGGGGGGGAACCGAAUGGAUCAAAUCCGCAUAUAGUUGGAGCUUAUCGCAAUGGGCCCGACCAUUAACAAUGCAAACAGUUACGCUCUCGUGGCUGGGAGGCGUGCGUUGCUUUCUUUCUCUUUCCUUUGCUUCUAUUAACCAUUGAAAAUGGGGUUUUUCCCCCCCAGGAAAAUGCAUCGGAAAAUGUUUGCGCACUACUGUUUGACCGUUGCACACUUCCUUUGACAUAGCACGAGCCGACUUGCGCUGCUCCAUUUGCUAACGCUUUCCACUAGCCGCCUGAAUGUAGGCAAUCGAAUGUUGAUGAUGGUUGAAAAUUAAUAAAAAAUCAAUCCAAAUUAAAUUCCCCUUUUUUCAAUAGUUUUUUUCCGCCUUUGCACCCGUUAGGGUCAUUCUAAAUAUUAACUUUAUCACCGUCGUGCCCUUUGACCUUUUUCUCUCUUUCCUCGCAUGAUUCACUUCUGUCGUCCUUUGUAUCACAUUGUUUCAACUAAUUCAUGCUCCAUCGUGCUCGUGAUCCAAUGCGCCUUUACUUCAUUACUGCUACGAAAUAAAACAAAAAUCCAUCCCUUGCAGAAUCCCCUCGAGAAAGGUUCCAAAGAAGCCCUCCUCAGAAUUGCCAAAGACAGCAAAAAAAGGGGGGCGAAAGCAAGAGCAAAAAAAAAACAACUCCCAACUUUUGUCCUGCGGCAACUCCCAAGACAAUGGCGGUGGCACAGGAAAGCAAUAAACCGGGGGCUAAGAGCCGGCGACCAUCGUCAUCGCAAGUCAUCGUCCCGACUCGACCCCGCUCGGCCGAAACAAUGAUACACAGUUUAUGAAAAGCUCAUCGGAAAGUAUAAUUUACAGUUCGCUUUUCACUUCAUUCCGGUGAACUUGUGCGACUGUAGAGCAGGGCGUGAAUAGGGGAGAUUGAACGAUGAACCUUUUUCUGCCAUUUUGAAAUUAUGGUUAAACUAUUCACACACCCACACACACACACACACGCAGUGCAAAAUAGUCUACUCGAAACCACUCGAAAAUGAAGUUUCAAAACGAGACCCCAUUGCUUCGCAGCGAAACGACCAGCAACUGCCACCGUAGCGCAAUACCGCCGUCAUCAUCGUCAUCUUCAAAGUAAACCAAUCAAAUGGAACAAUCUCGUUCUCAAGAACGGUUCUGCUUGAAACUGUGCUCCCUUUUAGCGAUGGCUAAAUGGGCAGAAAAUGUGCACAAGGGUGGCACAGUGGCGUCGAAAAGCAAAUGCAAAUGCAAAUCGGUACUGGAGAUUUGAAGAUGAAGUGCGUUUGUGUGUACGCUUGAGUGUGUGUGAGAGAGCGAGAGAGCGAAUGGUAUGGCAUUUCUUGAAGUGGUUUAUGAAGCGUUUUUACGUCCCAUUUCUUAUGGAGUGGUGAAAUUGAAGCAGACCGAUAAAGUGGUCGUGCGGAGCAACUGUUUGAAAUUGCGUAAAACCCGAUGCACUGCAUCCCGCGGCCAAUAUUCCAGUCCACCAGCAAAAGGGUUAAGAAUCGGUACAGCUAAGGCAAGUGUAAUGCAUCUUAUAGUCCGCACUGUCGCCAGCCGGGUACGGACACCGGUGAUGGAAGCAGUGCGCCUGUACAUAAUUGAAUUAAGAAAGCAUGUAUCUGUUAUGUUUAGUGAGGAAUUUAAUUUAAUUCACCAAAAAAAAACAAAAACAAAAACUAAACAAAUCCAAUCAUACACACAAACACAUAAAGUAGAGCAGAGAAAAGAAAUAAAAACUAAAGCAAAAGCAAAACACACGAAACACACACCUUCACGCGUUGGUCUAUUAAAGCAGGCGCGCAAUGUAAAUUAAAAGUAUCGUUACGUCUCCCUCCCUUCUUGACUAUUUACCCCUGCGCUGUGUACCAUAAAACUGUAGCGAAAUGAUGAGUUUAGUAUGAGUUUCAAUUUGCAAAGCAUAACUCAAUCUUGGCUGUCUCUACACGAUCGUGGUUCGGUUUUUUGUUACUGCAGGUGGUGCAGAGGAAGUAUAAAUCCCCACACGCUAAACUAAAUUGCAUGCAUAAAAAGAUAGUAGAACGAUUUAACGAGAAAGUAAUAAAUUUGUUACCAUUUUCUGGAGAUAUUCUAGUUACAGUGACAUAAAUUUAAAGAAUGAAAAAAAAACACACACACACACACACAAAACACUCACUCACAAACACACAAACAUAUAGUCUUUCCGUUGAAUAGUGUAAAAAAAAGAAAAUUAAAUGAAAACUUACAAAACACUUAAACAAUAACUGUAGCGAAAGCGGAACACGGAAGUCCGAAACAAGGGGACAAAAAACACGUUCACACAAAGACCAGAUAAGAAUUAAAAAGAAAAAAAAAAGAAAACCACUACUCGAUGUGGCAAAUAAUGCGGUUGGUGAAGAAGAAAGGAAGAAAAAUAAAGACAUUCACAACUAAACUGUAAAAUAAAGACACUUUUAGUUGCGGAAAUAAAGUUAAAAAACAAAACUAAACAUAACAGAAUGAAAACAUCACAUGUAACAAUUACAAACGAAAGGGUGGCAAAAGCAAACUAGCAAAAUAGCAAACACUUACAAGGUAUUCACACGAAAUUCAUUACCACAAACUGGAAAGGAAAAACGGAAAAACAAAAGAG